AUGCGCGAGUUGACGCGUGCGGAGGAGCAAGGCUUGAGGAACGCACAAGAGCUGGGCAAAGAGACAGAGCACCCGUUCUACACGAAGAUGACCUGUGUUCUUCGACAUCCGGCGCCGUGUCAGCCUCGCCGAGAAUCACAGGUUCUGGUUUGCAUGGAAGCAAACUGGCGGUGCCGCCAACGGGAGGACAGCAGGCAACGAGUACGUCAACGAAGCCGGCUGCCAUUGUGA